AUGCCGUCGCGACGAGUAAUCAAAGGCCUGAGCCAACCCGUGCGGGUUCCCAAACCCGCUACACCCUUACAAGAGGAGUUGCAAGCACGCUGCCGGCUUGAAGCACAACAGACAGCAGCAUUGGUUGCCGCAAUCAAGGAGAUGCUAGCGGGUGACAAUGAACAGAAUCAGCGUGCGGGUGGUGGAAUGAUGGACGAACCACAAGGUAUGAACCACUUAGACGUGCCUGACGAUGGUGACUACCCUCCAGAUGCAGAUGAUGAGGAGGCCUUCGAUAUCCAUCAAUUCAUGCCACUACCGCAUCACGUCAAACCCGAAGUGCUGGAUCCAGUCCAAGCACAAUUGCAAAGAGAUCAGCAUCUAGCCAAUCGUUUGGCUCACAAGGAUAAGUGGAGCUGGCAGUAUGCGGUCAUGCUGCCCACAUUUCUCCGCUGUAAGAUGGAAACCUUGAACUGGGGGAAUGAAGAUAACAGUAAGAAGGACUUACGGCCUCCCUGUACGUGUGCUAGCCAGACCAAACGAAAUGUGGACCUGGUGGAUUUGACAAGUAAGCGUUGUACCUCGCAACCUCGGCAUGUUAUCGAGGUCAGUUCUAAUGCUAAGAUGUCAAUUCUCGUAGCACGUCGUCAAGUCAAAGUUCAGUUUUGCAAAAACUGCGAUCUCUCCGAUCCUACAAGGCUCUUACAAAUGGGCUAUAUUGCAUCAUCGCCAUCCAAACCUCGAACGGCUUUUUCGGUUCGACUACUGGUACAUCAUCACAGCCAGUGGGUUCGAUAUGCUGUCCCCACGCAAGCUUUCUGUGAAGGCUUGGAUGAAUCGCUCAAUUCCCAUAACCCUGUGAUUUUGACUUCUAGUGGCAAAAUGCCAAGGCCAAAUUUCUAG